CUCAGUCCUCAUGAGAAAACACAACUUUCGUACAGAAAUAACAACUAAACGCGCAAAGACUUUGAAUCUACCAUCGGUGACAUUUUCAGAAGACUCCUUGGAUGACUUUAGUGAUAACGAGACUCCUCCCAAGAGAAAAGCAGUGACCGUCUGUAAAAGAAGGAAGACUUUUAACCAUAUGCAAGAAGAGUUGAAUGACUCUGCUACCGUCAUUGACUCAAAGAAUUUAGCUGUGCAAAAAACCAAAACAAGGAAAGUUAUCGAGUUUAUUGAGAGUUGGGAUGACGGAAAAAAUAACAAGAAACUGUUGGUCAUAUUGGGUCCUUGUGGCUGUGGUAAAACAACUCUUGUGGAGACUGUUAUACAGGAGUUGGGUUGUAACGUCAUCCGUUGGAAACAAAGUCUCUUUGGAGGAAAUCUCUACAAGGAAACCAAAUCUUGGGAUACUCGUAGUGUUUUUGAAAAUACUUUUCAGAGGAGUCAGGUGGAAGACUUGGUGGAAGAUUUGGCUCUCAGUUUGCAAUAUCAACCUCUUACAUUGGAGCAAGAAAGUUCUUCUGCACGUUAUGUCGUUGUUGUAGAUGAUAAUGUGAUGUCCAAAAGGGUUAGAAAUGUGGAGCAAGUUUUGACCCAUUUGGAGUUGAUAGCGGAACAGACAGUCUACCCGACUAUUAUUAUUAUAACUUGUGACUCGAUGGCAUCUUCUGUUGUUGCGAAAACCUUUGAAAGACAUACUCAUUCAUCGAGUAAUAUUCAAUGUUUAAGUCUUCAUCCAGUAACUAAGACGGAAAUGCAAAAAGCUACGAGUCUCUAUUGUAGGCUUCACAAUAUUGCUCUACCGGAAAAGGAAGCUUUGACUUUGAUAGUGGAACAGUGUCGAGGUGACUUGCGUUGGGCUAUCUCUCAACUGCAGUUGUAUUGGGAAAGUUCUUGUGACAGAAUGUUCGAUGACACUCGAGAUACAUCAUUUGAUAUAUGUCAUGCCAUUGGAAAGAUAUUUCAUAACAAGCGAAUAGGGGAACAAGGAAAACCCAAAGAUUCCAUCUUUUCCAUCAUCUCUUCACUUGAUGAGCCCACCAACAAAGUAAUCGGAUAUUUGAUACAAAAUUGUUAUCAAUUUUAUGGCAAUAUUGGUGACAUAAGCGAUUUGAUGUUUGCUUUAUGUGAAGCUCAUAACAUUGCAAAGUGGUACAGCAGUAUGUUGGAUAGAGAAAUGGCACAACAAUGUGCACAAAUCAUAGCUGGAGAAGCAACCAGAAUCUAUAACAAAGAACCUGUGCAAAGAGGAUUUCAACCCAUUCAUGGUGAUCUUUAUUCAUGUAUACCAAAUGAAGUGAAUAAUAGGGUAGAGUUGUGGUCGCAGAAACGUAACGUGGUGGAUGAUAUUCGUUCCAAAGUAUAUUAUUGCGAUAUUGUUCCUUUGCUGAGUGCAAAAAAGGUAUAUGAGACAAGAAAGUUUAUUUUUGGUUCCCAUCAUUUGUUCACUCUUUAAAUAGUUGAUGGAAAAUAACAAACAAGAGACUUGCAACUAUGAUAUGGAGGAGACUAGUGACGAAAUCGAUGAUACUUGGGAAGAUAACUAAACAGGAGCAGGAAUAAGUUUAAAAGGUAUGAGUAAACCAAACAAAAGGACGACCCCAACAAAAGUAUACAAGGUCCAUCUGAUCACUUUUUCUCCAAAACUGCCAAGAAGGAGCGAAGGAUCCUGAUGAGAUCGACUAACUUUGCAAGCACCCACCAAUACUCUGUAAGACUCCCAAGUCAACAAAACUGGUAUAACAACCCAAACUAUGUUGGCAAAAACCAAAUAAACUAAAGCUUAUUUAG